AUGGGCAAAGGUGGAUUCGAGGUGCAGAAAUACGAGUAUGCGCGCUUCUACGACGAUUGGGGUCCGCUGAACAUGGCAAUGGUCUGGAUGUUUUGUGACGAUGUCGAGAGGUUGAUGGAUCGCCCGGAUCUUCGUGAGCACGGCAUUGUCCUGUAUACCUCAUCCGCACCCCGACGCAAGACAAACGCAGCCACACUGGCGGCUUUGCGCUCCGUUCUGGUGUACCAUUUGGCGCCGCACGAUGCCUUUCACCCGUUUUCGACGCUCGACGUGCAGCCCUUCCGCGACGCGGGGUAUGGCCGUUCGGACUUCUUCCUGAGCAUCCAGGACGUACUGUACGGCGCCUGGCGCGCGCAGACGCUCGGCUUCGCCGACCUUGCGACAUUCGACGUCGAUGAGUACCUCUAUUCGGAGCAGCCGCAGAACGGCGACUGGAAUUGGAUCACGCCUUCUUUCAUUGCCUUUGCCAGCCCCAACGACCCGUCGUACGGCCUCGAAGCGCAAACAUCCCCGGCUCGCUCCACUAAAGCCAAGGCCAAUUCAGUCGCCGGUGCGCGUGCAUUCCACCAGCGCAAGCAGAACCUUCUUAGCGAUUUUCGCAAGCGCAACGUCCAGCUCGUCGUCCGCCUCAACAAUCCCCUCUAUGACAAGGACAUCUUUGAGGAUGUUGGCAUUGCGCACAUCGACCUGUACUUCGAUGACGGGUCAAACCCAUCGACGGCGAUCCUGCGCGAGUUCAUCCAGCGCGCCGACGCCGUCGUUGAGCGCGGCGGUGUCGUCGCCGUGCACUGUAAAGCUGGGCUCGGCCGCACAGGCGUACUCAUUGGCGCAUACCUGAUCUGGAAGUACGGCUUCAACGCACCGGAGGCCAUAGCAUGGAUGCGUGUCCAGCGCCCAGGCUGCGUCGUCGGGCCGCAGCAGCAAUUUGUGUACGAGCAGUGCAUCGACUGGGUCAGACCCGACAUAUCCUCCCCAACGCGAACCAGGCGACUCUGA